AUGCGCGUCCUUAUUCAUAGACCCAGAGUCGCCUCGCUCGGUCUUCACCGCCCUCGCGCUCCUGAGCAUCUCCUCGCAGACCUGUGGCUCUCCGCCCAAUCUUCACGCAAGGCACAACUCGCCGACCAGGAGCGCGAAUGUGACAAACCUCGACCUCGCAGUGGAUCUCACGUCCUGCCAGCCUUCGCCCCCACGUUCAACCGCGGUAUUCAGAAAGCUUGCGAGCGUCGCCGCCCAUGCACGUUGCGACACUCUGUAACGCUUGGCGUCGCGAGUGCAGAACGCCCCGACUUCGGACGUGUGACCAAGAUCGCUAGACGUGAAGUUCGUAUGGUGCGCAUUACGAGGACACGAAUACAGCGCAUAUCCCAACGGUAUUGGCCUCCAUAUGGGGCCCUACGCAUGUUCGUCCCCGCCAUAUAUAUCCAGACGCCGGACGCGGGAAGAGAUUCGACUAUGGCUGACAUUGGGGCUUGGAGCGAAGAACGCGCCCCAAUCCACGCUUGUCUAAAUUCUUAG